UGUCUCCUUUGUGGGCGACACCGCUGUCGCCCCUCCUGAGACUCGAUGCGGACAUAGCAGCGACCGCGAAUAAAGACAGACCCAUGGAAAAUCCGCGCCUCUUCGAGGGUGAUAUCCUCAACGGCUCGGGAAACCUGAGCUACAAUGCGCUCGCCAACGACGGAGGUCUCUGGCCGAAUGGUCGAAUCCCUUACGUGAUCGACUAUUCCCUGCAGAGCCUAUCCUCAAUGAUCCAGAGCGCGAUGCAGCAAUAUCACCAGAAGACCUGCAUCAGGUUCGUUCCUUAUGAUGGUACUCAACGGAACUACGUGAAAAUAUUCAACGGCCAGGGCUGCUAUGCCAAUGUCGGCAUGGUGGGGGGUGAGCAGCCACUCUCUCUCGGUCAAGGAUGCCAUUACCCCGGAACCGUGGUUCAUGAGCUGGGACACGUCGUUGGAUUCUAUCACGAACAUACACGAAGCGACAGGGAUCAAUACAUCGACCUUUACUUGGAGAAUGUGGAUGCCCAGUAUUACCCUCAAUUCGAGAAACUCCAACCGUACGAUAAUCGCCUCUAUAACAAGUUUGACUACAACUCCGUGAUGCUGUACGGGUCGAAAUCAUUCUCGAACAACGGCCAAUACACGAUGAUGUCUAAGAGCGGAGGAAUCCUGAACGAAGUUCACGAUAAGGGUGGGCUGAGCCCAGCUGAUGUCGAACGGGUUCAGAAACUCUACAAGUGCAGUGGAUCUUCCGGGGCUAACGGCGGCGAUUUCGGAGGACAAAAUCAAAUUCCCACCACGCAGUACCCACCCGUUCCACCGAACUGGCCCUGGGGUGAGUGGGCUCAGAACGAGAGUCAGAAGGACAAGCAAUCCUCAUAGACACUGAAGGCGUGCAACCGUGCUGUCGAGGGCAUCCCACUCUGAAUUUAAAAGUUCUCGCAUGCAA